GUUGCCACGGCAGCGGUACCAGGGGCCUCCCCUCAGCUUCAGCUCCCUCUUCCGGGCCGGCCUUCUCCCCCGGUCCCCCCUCAUAUAAAAACGCAACCGCCACCGGCCCUCCCUCCAUCGUCCAGCGAAGCAGCGUCGAGCAGAGCAGCGCACGAACGGACUCCCAUUCCCAGGGGAUCAACCGAGUCAACCAGCCAUGAAGCUCAGGACGCUUUCUAUCACGAGGUGCGCGCCGUCGCCGCUGGGGUGCGUGGGCAUGGGCGGCGGGAGGAGGAGGACGGUCCUCGUGGCCCUGCGCCGGGACGCCGCCGGCAGGGAGCUGCUCACCUGGGCGCUCGUCAAGGCCGCCGCCGCCGGCGACCGCGUCGUCGCGCUCCACGUAUCCACGGUCGCCGCAGACGGAGAAAUGGCCGCGGCGGAGGAGGACAGGACGAGAGCCAGCGACUCGCUCGCCUCCGUGCUCGGCGCGUACCGGGGGUUCUGCGAGCGCAACCAGAUCGACCUAGAGCUCAAGCUCUGCGAGGGGCCGUCCAUCAAGAAGGCCCUGGUGGCCGAGGCCACCUCCUGCGCCGCCGCGCACCUCGUCCUCGGCGUCACCAGGAGCUCCAGGCCUUCCGGAUCGUCCGCCACCGCCACCGCCGUCGCGAGGUACUGCGCCAAGAGAGUGCCCCCGAGCUGCAUGGUCACCGCGGUCAGCAACGGCGCCGUCGUGUACCGCAGAGAUCCAGUGCAGCACCACCACCAGCUGCUGCUCAGCCCCUACAGCGCAGUGGUCGAGACGCCGCGGCGGCUGUACCGCAAGAUCCUGGACGCGAGGACGGCGGCGGGAGACAAGUCCCAGGACGACAUGGCGAUCGGCGACGUCGGCCGGUCGGCUCGCCGGAACAUGUCCCAGGCGAUGAGCGCCCUGGUCUCGCCGAGAGUGACGCUGGCGCCGGGUACGGUGAGGUCGUCGUGCCACGGGCAGGAGUCGUCAUCGUCACCUAAGGUGUCCGCCGGCUGGCCUCUCCUGAAGAAAGACAGCAUGCCUGCGUUGCCGGAGCUGUCAGAGGUAUCUGUGGUUGAGUGGGCCAUGCAGCUGCCGACCAGGUGUUGUUCCGACCAGAGAUCCGAUGAGAAACAGGUUCCGGAGGAGCUGGCCUCGCUCAGAGACAAGUACUCGUCCAAGUACACAGUGUUCAGGCACAGCGACCUAGCCAAGAUCACCAAUGGCUUCUCUCCAGAUCGCCUUGUUGGGAAAGGCGGCGCCGGCCGGGUCUACAGGGGGUGUACCGAAGGAGGCAAGGAGCUCGCGGUGAAGGUCCUGAAACCAUCGGAGGACGUGGUCAAGGAUUUCGCGUCGGAGGUCGACGUCCUCAGCUCGGUGGAGCACGAGAACGCCAUGUCCCUCGUCGGGUUCUGCGUCGACGGCGGCAGGGACAGGCUGAUGCUCGUGUACGACUACAUGCCGCGAGGCAGCCUGGAGGAGGCGCUGCACGGGCACGGCGGCGGGGUGCAAGCACCUGGCAAGGGCGGUGGUGGGGUAGCGCUAGGCUGGCCGGAGAGGUGCAAGGUGGCGGCCGGCGUGGCGCGCGCCCUCGAGUACCUCCACGGCGACGGCGGCGAAGGGCACCGCCGGCCCAUGAUCCACCGGGACGUCAAGUCGUCCAACAUCCUCGUCGCCGCCGACUUCGAGCCCAAGCUGUGUGACUUCGGCCUCGCGAUAUGGGCGGACGACGCGGCAGCGCAGGUCACCGGCGACGACGUCGCGGGAACAUUCGGAUACCUUGCUCCGGAGUACUUCAUGCACGGCAAGGUGAGCGAGAAGAUGGACGUGUACGCGUUCGGCGUCGUGCUCCUGGAGCUCGUCUCCGGGAGGAAGCCGGUGAGCGCCGGCGGGCCCAGGGGCAAGGGGAGCCUCGUGAUGUGGGCCAACUCCGUCAUACAGGGCGGAAAGGUCAUGGACCUCGUCGACCCCAACCUACCGCUACCGGCGACGGGCGGCGACGGUGGCGAGGUCGAGCGGAUGGCCCUCGCUGCUGCGCUGUGCAUCCGGCGAGCGCACCAGCACCGGCCGACCAUGAGCAAUGUGGUGAAGCUGCUGGCCGGCGACGGCGACGCCGUCGCAUGGGCGAAGUCGCAGGUGGGCGUGCCCGGCGACAACGACAUCGACGGCCGGCGCCACGGCUGCGGCGCCGCCACCUCGCCGGAGGAGAAGGGCGGCGACAUCCAGUCCUACAUCAACCUCGCCCUGCGCGACAUCGUGGACGACGACGACAACGACGCCUCGUCCGUCGGCAGCGCCGUGUCGUUGGAGGAGUACCUCAGGGGGAGAUGGAGCCGCUCGUCCAGCUUCGAGGGCUGACCGGCCGGCGGCUGAACGAAUCCGCCGCCUGCUCGAUCCACCAGUUGCGGGGAUCGCGCGCCAUUUGUGUGUGUGUGUGUGUACAACUGUACAUAUGUCGGUCGUUCUCUUUGAUUCUUUGUUCUUUGAUCACAGUUUUGUUCCUCCUUGCAAAUGAAUUCGUGCAUUCACAAACGGAUGCAAUAAUACAGUUUGGACAGAAAAAAAAAAGAGAGAUUAGUAAAGUUGAACACCGUCUGCAUAGCCUGCCUA